UAAGCGAGAUGGAGAACGAAGCAAGCCCUAGUUGUUGAAAUUCGGCCGUGUCUUCUUGGAUUUCAUCUGAUUCAUCCAAUUCAUGAACGGUUUCCUCGUCUGAUUCUAGGGUCCGUAUAUGCAGAUAGGUGCCUUUGCGAUAUCUUAUUAAUUGAAGCCUGCAACUGAGUUAGUUUUGCUGUUGAGAUGUCCCAAUAUCAAGGUAGUGAUAUUGAUGAAGUGGCUGAUGAAUAUAACAUUGGUGAAAUGGUGGAUAUGGAUGAUGAAGUUGAUGAUGAAUAUCACGAAAGAAGAGGGGAGUAUUCGGAUUCAGAUGAUGAAGAUUUUGAACUAUCUAAUGGCAGGAUAACAGAUACUACUGCAGCACAAGCACGAAGGGGGAAGGAUAUUCAAGGAAUACCUUGGGAUAGGCUAAAUAUAACUAGGGAUCAAUACAGACAAACUAGACUAGAACAAUACAAGAACUAUGAGAACAUUCAGAAUUCCGGAGAAGCAUCAGAAAAGGGAUGUAAAGCAACUGAAAAAGGUGGCAAUUAUUACGAGUUUUGCUGCAACAGUAGAUCUGCUAAAUCAACUAUUCUUCAUUUUCAGUUACGGAAUUUGGUAUGGGCUACAUCAAAGCAUGAUGUAUAUCUCAUGUCACACUAUUCUGUGAUUCAUUGGUCGGCAUUAACACAAAAAAAUAAUUUAGUUAUGGAUGUUGCAGGACAUGUAGCGCCAUGUGAAAAACACCCUGGAAGUUUAUUGGAAGGAUUCUCUCAAACUCAAGUCAGUACACUAGCUGUGAAGGACAAGCUGCUUGUAGCUGGUGGAUUUCAGGGGGAACUCAUUUGCAAAUAUUUAGAUAGGGAAGGAAUAACCUUUUGCUGCCGGACAACUUAUGAUGACAAUGCUAUCACUAAUGCUGUGGAGAUCUAUGACAGUACGAGUGGUGCUGUUCAUUUCAUGGCAUCAAACAAUGAUUGCGGAGUUAGAGAUUUCGACAUGGAGAGGUUCCAAUUGUCAAAGCAUUUCCGUUUUGAUUGGCCGGUGAAUCAUACAGCACUUAGUCCAGAUGGAAAGCUUCUUGUCAUUGUGGGAGAUAGCACUGAAGCAUUGCUUUUAGAUGCCCACACUGGGAAGACCAUCCAUGAGCUUCUUGGCCAUGUGGACUACUCAUUUGCUUCUGCAUGGCACCCUGAUGGUUCCAUGUUUGCUACGGGCAAUCAAGACAAAACUUGCCGGUUAUGGGAUGUGCGCAACCUCUCCAGCUCUGUUGCUGUUUUCAGAGGCAACCUCGGAGCCAUCCGUUCGAUCCGUUUUAGCUCCGAUGGUCAAUUCAUGGCCAUAGCCGAACCAGCAGACUUCAUUCAUAUUUUUGAUGUAGGAAGCGAUUAUAACAAGCGUCAAGAGCUCGAUUUCUUCGGAGAAAUCUCUGGCAUGUCAUUCAGCCCCGACACCGAGUCUCUCUUUGUCGGUAUAUGGGAUCGCACUUAUGGCAGUCUCCUUCAAUAUAACCGUCGACACAACUAUUCCUAUCUGGAUUCCUUUUUUUGAGUUGAAAUUUAGCUGCAGAGUCUGUCUGGUUUUGAAGCAGUGCAGGUUUUAUAUAUUAGUUCAGGUGUAGAGGUGAAUGGUUCAAUGUUACUAGAAAAUCAAUCUUUCUUUCUCAAUAAUGUUGGAGCUCUGCCGAAAUGUAUAAAGCAAUGUUGUACAGUUCUUAGAGGGUGCACUUGGGUAGAAAUGAAGUUUCAUUGUAGAUUGUGCCUUGGGACAGUAACGUUCUUGUAAACUUACAGUUUUAGUUGCAGUCUUUUUGUAACGCUUU